AUGGACAGUUCAGGAUCCCCAGCAGAGUGUCCUUGGAUGCGGCGACCAUACUCGAAGCUCCCGUCCGUACCAACCAUGCUGACACGAGAAUUGGAGGACUUUAUCACGUUCCUUAAUCCAACGCCGGAAGAGCACAAUGUCCGCGCACUUGUCUUUGAGCGGAUAAAGCGCGCGAUCAAGGAUCUGUGGAAUACUGCCGAUGUCAAGGUCUUUGGGAGUUUUGAGACACAACUUUACCUCCCCUCCAGUGAUAUGGACGUCGUCGUUCUCCUCGGCAGAGAAAUCAACAAAUACAAGGACCUCCAAAAUCUGAGGAAUCAUCUGCGGCGAUCAGGAGUCGGGGAAAACAUUACAUGCAUCGCCAAAGCAAGAGUGCCCAUUGUCAAGUUUCAGGAAACAUACAGUCAUAUUUCGGUUGAUGUCUCGUUCAACCAGGUUAGCGGAAUCGAGGGCGCAGAGGUCGUCAAGAACUAUAUGACCAAGACACCCGGUCUACGCUCCUUGACGAUGCUGAUAAAACAGUUCUUGAUGGCCAACGAGCUCAACGAGGUCUACCUUGGUGGAAUUGGAUCUUAUGCCACAGUGAUCAUGGUCCUCAGCUUCUUGCAGCGACAUCCGGCGGUCCAGGCUGGUCUCAUCAACCCAGAUAAGAACUUGGGCGUCCUACUCAUUGAGUUCUUUGAGCUUUACGGUCUUCACUUCAACUAUCAGGAUGUUGGCAUUGAUGUCGCAGGCACAGGCAAAUACUUUCCAGUCACGAACCGCGAAAAUAACGGACACAGGCACAUUCGACUUGUGACAUUGGACCCUAUCAAUGCCGACAACAAUGUAACCAAGGGAUCAAUCAAGGUACUGGAAAUCCGCAAGCUCUUUGCCCAGGCAUACGAACGGUUGACCAGGAACUCUCGGGAACAGCAUAGGGAUAUAUUUGUCGACAACGAGCGCGCUGGCCGCGGAGAGAUUUCCCUUCUUAGAGGGGUACUGUCAAUUCCGGAAAGGGUCAUGAGUCAACGGUACCUCCUGGAAAAAGUGUAUAUCCAAGGACACCUACAGGCACUACUCAAGCGCUAUUAA